CUCGAUUUUUCUCGCGAGACGGGCACUACAAAAAUGUACACAAACUUUCUGGUUGUCAAGAUAAUCAAUUCCAAAUGAAUGAAAUGAAAUAGUCGUAUCUUUUGACAAAUUGUUUAAAGAGUCCAGAAGAGAAGAUUAUAGCAGUGACAAUGCCACAUAAAAUUCCUUUUAAAGUGAUCCAUGCUUCAGGUCAGGACGAGAAUUUUAGGGCAGCUGAACUUAAUCACCAUAAUCCACUGACCAAAGGAUGGCAGUCUGCAAAAUAUUGUUUAUAUCCACAAGAUCUUGUUAUACAACUAGAGAAGAGAGCAAGACUCAGGAAAAUACAGGUUCUCUCACAUCAGUAUGACAUAGCUACAAGGAUAGAGAUAUUUGUUGGUGAUGUUCCUGAAGAUUUACCAUGUGUUCUUGACAAUGCUAGAUAUACCAGACUAGGCUACGUGUCACUGUCAGACAAUGAGAAGACGGGUUUCAAGGCUCGGGAGCUCAAGUCCGUACACGUGGAUGCCGUAGGACUGUUUUUAAAGUUGAAUAUACAUAAAAAUCAUAUCAACAAACAUAACUUGUAUAAUCAAGUGGGUGUUGUGGCUAUCAAUGUGAUUGGAGAAGAGAUAAGAAAAGGGCAAGAACUUGUGGAUGAUUUGGACAUUUAUGAACAGAAACAGAAGUUGUUUGGAGAUGUGGGUACAGAUGGAUUGGGCAGGCCAGAUUAUAUUUCACCAUUAGAUGAUCUAGCAUUUGAUAUGUACCAGGACCCUGAGAUUGGUCAAAUCAUCAGAAAACUUGAUAAGAAAAAACAAGAGGCUGUGUUACAGGAAAGAUAUGAAUAUGCUAAAAAAUUGAAAGCUACCAUAGUGGAACUUCAAAAGGCAGGUGAGAAGCUAGGGAAAUAUGAGGUAGAGAAAAGACAAGCUGUAGAAAAUGAGGACUAUGACAAGGCUAAACUGAAGAAAGUUCAGAUGGAUGAAUAUAGGCUACAAGUAUAUACAGAUCUCAAAAUAAAUGAUUUACUUGAAGCUACUGGGUCGAGACACCCUAAGAAAAUAACACUUGAACCUACAAGGGGACCUACCCCACCACGAUUACUUGAGCUACCUCAAAGGAGUCCCAGUCCACCACCCAGGACCCCUUACGAUGAACGUGUUAUUCCAGCAAUGAAAAGCCAUAGAGCCCAGUCACCAUCAAGUCCAAGAGUUAGAACACCAUAUGAUGAACGACCUUUACCUAUACAUAACAGUAAAGAAGGUGCACCGAAUGACAGUAAUCUCAACUUAUCCCCGAAAACCCCAUACGACGAGCGACCCCUUCCUGUUGCAAGAGCAAAACCAUCAGUUGUACCGGACGAGGAUCCGGUAGAGCCACCACCGGACUCAGCUGGUGGGGGUAUAACCGGUGAACCGGAACCACUGUCGGAGAAGGAUAUGAGAGAAGCGUCUGCUGCUGUUGACGUCUUUGGAGAACCUCUGGUAUCCAAAGCUUAUUCAAAGACCUGGUCGUACAGAGAAGAUGCAUUACUGGCUGUAUAUAAACAGAUGCAAGAGUUAUCGACGGGAAAUAAAGACGAUGCUCGUACCAUGCUUAGAGCCUCUCUAUUCCUUAUCAAGAAAGCAAUAACUGACAAAGUCUAUGCUGUGUUCAAAGCUGGUUUAAUGCUGCUGAAAAUGAUACUCACUGAAUUUAUAAACAAACACAAACUUGUUAAAGCUGACACUAUGACCACAGUUGAGAGAACUCUUCCAAGUUUACUACAUAAAAGUGGAGAUACUGCUGUGAGAAAUAGAGAUGAUGCAAAAAACUUUAUUUAUGAAAUGGCGGAGUUUCCUACAGUGAAGCCUACAAUGGUAGUUCCUCAUGAGUGUGUGAAGGCAUGGAAAGGUAACCCUGCACCUAGACUGGCUCAAAGUAGAGCCGAGAUAGUGGAGGCACUGUAUGAACAACUUGGCAUUAAAGACUCAAGAAGUGGUCUGACGACGGACAACAUAAUGAAUUUCUGUGUGGUUGCGUUACAGCAUACGUCUGCAGAUGUAAGACUUGUGGCUGAGAGAAUAGUUAAAGCAUUAUACAAGGAAGCAGGUCAACCGGUGAAGGAUUAUCUCCCUGUAGAUGACGAGAAAACACGCAAGAAUACAAUGUGGAGAUUGUUAUUUGAAUAUUUUGACCAGAUUGAUGGAAAACCAAGCAAAUCUGAUAUUAAGAGACAAAAGGCAGAGGAAGAGAGUAAGAAACAACAAGAGAUAGAAGGUUUACAACGACAAUUACAACAACUUAAAGAUAUGGCUUCAGGAAAAGCACCUGUUGAUGAAAAUGUACUAAAAGCUGACGCUAAAAAAGGUCUUAAGAAAGGAGGGAAAGCAGCUCCUAAGACAAAACCUAAGCCCGACCCUGAUGAUGAUACAUCAGUUUAUAACAUGGACAAUAUAUGUAUAUUUUGUGGAGAGAAGAAUUCUAGUUUCACAGAGGAAGGUUUAGAUCUGCAUUACUGGAAAAAUUGUCCAAUGUUGAAACGUUGUGCCAAUUGCAAACAGGUUGUGGAAAUUGCCAGCUACACCGAUCAUUUGCUGACAGAAUGUGAGGCAAAAUCUAACUACGCCAAGUGUAACCGAUGUACUGAAGCCAUAACUAAACCUGAACACGAGCAGCAUGUGGCCGAGAAAGCUUGUAACGCUGCAAAAUCAGGGAUGAACCAUUGUCCAUUAUGUCAUCAAAACCACAUUUCAGGGGAGGAUGGCUGGAAGAACCAUCUUAUGGCUAAAGAUGGCUGUAAGCAAAAUCCUAGACGUCUGUUGGCACUAAAUAAACCACAAGGGAAAGCUGGUGGAGCCACAACAAGGGGGAAGCCUGCACCGAAGGGAUUAAAGAAGACACCAAGAUAAAGGCACACACACAUAUGAUGCUUGUGAUGUCAAACAAUAAAUAUUUCAAUACACAUGCCAGCCAUUUAUUAGAGUUUACAUGUAUUCUCUAGUAGAAAAAUAUUAGCAGUGAUAUAGUCAUUUAAGUGCUAAAAUAAUGAGUUUUUGUCCUGCAAAAUAGUUCAACAGUUAUAUAUCUUAAAGUCAUGGACCACACAUAGAUUUUUCAAUGUCUGAUUGGAUAUUUAAUUUAUGAUAAGAUUUAAAACAGACCAAUGAUAUAGGUUGUUUUAGAUUAAGGUUUUUACGUUAGUCUCAUCUUAAAAUCUAAUACUGGUAUAUCAGUAUGUUAUUGGUUGAUUCCUAUUUGAAAAGUUUAAUUAGACCAAUAACAAAGCUUCGCUUAUUAAGUUAUUUGUUUAUAGGAUAUAUAUCAUUUACUAUAACACAACUUGUGAUUGGCCACAAUCUCCAAGAUGAUAGAAACAUUUUCAAUUAUACUGUCUGAUACUUCCUUGGUCACUGUUACUGGAAUUUUGAUUGAAAUUAACCAAUCACAAUACUGCUUUUUGUGAAUGGUUCCCUAAAAUCUUUGGAGAAGAUAUUCUUCCCAAUUUAUAUUUUUAAUAACUGUUACUACCCACUUUGUUAUCAAACUUUGAUGACUUUAUGUUCUGAGCGACCAUCACACUUAUUAUAUUUCAGGAAUUGUUGUCAAUUUCAUUUGGUUUUAAUAAAUGUAACAAAACCGAAGGUGUACAUUUCAUACACUAGAUUAAGAUUUUUGUGUUCAGUGUUCAAAUAAUGUUUUGUUUUCAGCAACAUUGUGUUAAUGUCCAAGUGUUCUUAUGUCAGAUAGGGCUUUAUCUACUAUAUUAUCAUCAAUUGCUUUAGACUUUGUAUCGAACCCGAGCAUGUAUGUUGAUAAAAAGAAAUUGUUAUUCCUUUAAAAAAAAUAAAAACAAUUAAAAAAAUUGUUAAUUUAACAUCCCAUUAUCAAAAUUGCAAUGUUUGUUUAGGCAGCCACUAUCCAUUUUAGAUUCUCAAAUUAUCAGGCUUACAAUUUGGUCAUGUUAACUAAAAGUACAUUUUCUUGCUUUGAAAAAUUGUACAUUUUGAUAAGUUUUAAUUAUUUGUUUAUUUAUUUUUUUUGAGAGUUCGAUUUGUCUUAUAAUAAAUACAUGUAGAUGAAUUGUAUGAAACUGCUUACCAGUGACAUAUUACAUUGUUAAUUAUUCUCUAUUUUUAUACACCCGUUUGAAAAACGGGACGUAUUAUGGGAACGCCCCUGGCGGGCGGUCGGGCGGGCGGCGUCCAAUUUUGUCCGGAGCAUAUCUCCUACAUGUAUGGAGGGAUUUUAAUGAAACUUCAUAGGAAUGUUCACCACUAUGAGGAGCAGUGUCGCGCACAUGAACCAGGUCUCUAGGUCAAAGGUCAAGGUCACACUUAGAGGUCAUUGAAAAAUGCUUGUCCGGAGCAAAACUUCCACAUGUAUAGAGGGAUUUCAAUAUAACUUGGCACAAAUGUUCACCAUUGUGAGGGGGAGUGUCGCGUGCAAGAUUCAGGUCCUUGCGGCCAAGGUCAAGGUCACACAUAGAGGUCAAAGUUCAGAUAAAAAUAUGAAGAUGUGUAUAUGGACCAUUUAGUCAUCAUUUAUUGAGGGAUUGUAACACAAAUGGUCAUUAUCAAGACUAUGGCUGUGAUACAUAUUAUUUAGGUCAAUAUAUACAAGGUCAAGGUCACUAAAGAUGAUGAAAUAUCCAGAUUUUGUAAAUAGAAUUUAAUCAAAGGGCAACAACAAAGUUAUUACUUUGUUCAUAAAUGACUUACACAAUUACUCCCCUUGAUCUACUUUCACUUUCAAUUCUAAAAAUAGAAUUUAAUCAAAGGGCAUAAAAUAAUCCUCUUUCUUGGACUUGAGUAUGUUCUAAAGAAUGUAACAUUUAUUAACACAUGUUUCAUUCAUUGGUCAAGAUUCUUAACUGUGAUAACUAUGGUGUUCUGUAGACUUGGUAUUUGUUCAUAAAGAUCAUACAGUAAUUACCUUAUCAAAUGUAAAUACUUUCUAAUAGAAAUUUAAUU